AUGGAGAAAGUGACAUUUCAGGCUGAAAUUACUACACACCUCCAGGAAAUAAAGAAGGUAAAAGAAACCCAGGAAGAAGAAAUGCCCUCCGACCAGUGUGUUAAACCUUGGAGUGACCAUGAGAUUAGGAGUUUCCUACAAGAAUGGGAACUCCUUGAAGGGGAAGAGUUAAAGAAGAAUUUUCAGCUAGCAUCGAGGAUCAUUGCCAGGCAUCUCAAGCAAAGGGGCAUAAUUAAGUGCAGGAGAAAAUGUCUCCAGAUGCUAAUAAACUUGCAGGACUUAUACUGGACCAUCCAUAAAGCUAACCAAAGGACUAGGAGCGAACUCUUGCCAUGUCCUUAUGGAGCGGCCCUUCACAGGAUCCUAGGACACAGAGGGGAGGACAAGGACUUCUCAGAUCCUCCCUGUGCAAAAGUGGCUGACCUCCCACCACCCGAGUAUCAGCCCCCCACCUGUGCAAUACCUGAUCACUUUGAGAAGAUGCUGUGGACUCCCCCACAUAUGAUCUACAUAGAGGAUCCUCAGUUACCCAUGUGGGAGCCCUGGAACAUGAACCUUCCACAGUCAAGUCCAUGCCUGUUUCCUGUGUUUCUUCCCCCACACCCUGGCCUCCAGCAACAGUGGUCAACUUUCUCUGACACUGAGUCAAAUGGAGAAAUUACAGUUGGAACCUGGAUAUCAAUUUGA